AUGAUUGAUCACCACCAGCGGAAUUCUUCACUGUCAACCACCACAGCUGCAUCCAAACAUGAUGACCAAAUCAAGACUGAAGAAGAGGAGAAAAUGAUCGACUCCAUCCCGAGCAUGCUCAACCAUCCACACCACGACCACCACCAUCACAAUCCUUCCUCAUCGUCAUUCGAACACAAAUUUAAAACAUUUCUCAAAGAAUCCCUAGUGGAUAAUCUGAUCGUGCUUCGAAAGUUCAUAAAAACGCAUGCCAAUACUCGGAGCAUAUUGCUGCUACUUGCGAAUAUAAUCAUCACGUGGAUUUUUCAAUUUGUUUGGUCUCGAUUAUUUAUUUCAAACGUUUACACCAUGCUUUCGAAUUCGAUCAAAGGAUUCGAUUCAUCGCUAGGAGUUGAAUUUUUGCAACACAUCGGAACACGAGGCCGAUACCUUCAUCUUCUCUAUGAAUUAAUUGAUUUACUGUACUUUAUACCGAGUGUGGCUAUUUUUCUCUCAUGCGUGGUGGAAAAACUGUUUUCUCCUAAUAAUACAUCACAACAAUCACUCAACAAUUACAACAAUCAUUCAUUCAACAACAAUAAUAAUCACUACAACAACAACAACAACAUGUUGACACCCUCAACUACCAAUGAUAAUCAUCCUCCAAUUCAUUUAAUGAACAAAAUUCACAACAUUGCACGAAAUUCAGCAUGUUGGAUGCCCAGUAUUUACAUGUUAUUUGGAGUGUUGGAACAUUUGAGUAGUAUUUCUGCAAUGUUUCAUUAUGAAUUUCACAGUCCGAUGACAACUACUUUGUUUUAUUUGAGUAGAGCUAGUGUGUGGUGUCAGUACAAGUGGAUUUCAUUGGCUGUGUUGGUUGUACUUAUUAUUGGAGGAAGAAUUCUGUAUUUGGCUUGCUGUUGUUGCUGUAGCUGUGAUGAUUUUGAAUUAUCAGGUGGAACUACUCAUUAUUAUCAUGAUAUUCGAGUGGUUGAUGAAGACGAAGAUGACGAAGAAGUGUUUAGAAGUAAUGAGGAUGAUGAUGACGAUGUGUAA